UGCAUCGCAGCUGAAGAGGCCAGGAAUGCUGAGCUCCAUCACUGCGGAGACUUGCCGAGGGUUUUAGUUAAGCUAUGGCGACUGCUCCUGGAGCUGCAACCCACGGCACUUGGUCGCGUGAGCACGUAUCCUCCGUGGCGAUUGCCGUGUUUGGUGACAACCUCGGCUGUAGAAGCGCCUCGCCUCUGCCUCGUCGGAGUAUUGCUGCUGUGAGGUCGAGUGCAUUGUUUACUCGAUGCACACAUGGAUUCGAUGUCUUGUGUGCCGACAGGACUGCCAGUGAUCCUGUGGAGAGUUUCAAUGUCGCCGGGUGCGAAGCGGAUUCAGGUGGGAAGAAGAUUCAAUUGGACCAGAACGUGAAUCAGAACAAGGGCACUGAUUUUUCUAGCGAGGAUGUAGUCAGAGGUGGUGUCAGAUGGGCCAUUAUAAAGGAGAGUGCGCUGUAUCGCCUGGCUGGAAUUUUUUUUGGCAGCGCCUUACUAGUUGCGAGCCUUGGUUUAGGUUUGCCAAGGCAUGCCCUUGCCCGAAUUGCAUCUCUGUCACCAGCUGAGUCGUCAUCAACAUUAAUUAAUGAGGAGGAUACAGAAAUAGAUAUGACUGAAAAAAACAUAGACAAUGCUCUAGAUGACAGUGAAUUUGAAUCUGCCAGUGCACCUGCACAAUCUAUGGAAGAGGAGGUAGAUCCCGCAGAGCUUGUGCUAUUAAGCUUCUUGAAGAGGCACCCGGAGGAUAUUAAAGCACUUGAGGGGCUGAUGUAUAUACGUUUACGAAAGGGAUCUGUUGCCAAGGCACUUGAGAUCGUGGACGAUUUACUUGCAUUACGCCCAGAUCAUGCCCCCUGGCAGCUCGUUAGGGCGCAGGCCCUUGAAUUUCUUGGUGACCUGAAAGCAGCUCGGCACGCUUUUGAGAAAGUUCUCGAGAAAGACCCUCUCUCAGCACGAGCUCUGCAGGGCUUGGCAACCGUGAUGUCUAAGGCGGGUGAAGGCGAAGAAAUGCUGGAGAUGUUGCGAAGGGCAGUGCAGACUGCAACGCAGACAGGAAAGACAAGGGAGUGUAAAAACCUACGCAUGGUGCUAGGACAAAUGUACACAGUUCAGGGAAAUUUUCAAGAGGCGCUUGAACUGUACAAAGAAUUAGAGAAGGAAGAUCCAAAAGACUUUCGACCCUAUUUAUGUCAGGGCGUUAUUUAUAGCCUUCUGGAAGAUAAAGUAAAAGCAGAUACGGCAUUUCUUAAGUACCGCAGGCGGUGCCCGAAGACCUUCCCUGAGCGGGGGUACCUCGACGAUCUCAUGAUCGGUGCCAAGACCGAGGCCCGCAAAGCCCUAAUAGUGGAAAAGUUGAAACCACCCAAGGGAAAGAAACAACCAAAGCCCUUACGACAGCCAAUCAUAGAGACUGGGGUCACGCAAAACCCCAUGUCAGAGGAAUUAGAAUUAGACCAGGACUGAAAUCUCGCUCAAUUCUGAUAGGAUUCAGGAAGGUAUGCAGCAGUAGAGCUUCAGUUGUAGUGCACAGUGGGCAAACGUUGCUCUGAAUGUAGUACAUAUUUGGAUUUCAGCAGCCAUGCAAGCUUGUACUGUUGCAAGCAAGAAGCCGCAUGAAAUUCCAAUCAGCAAAGUUCUAAACUUCCGUCGAACACAUUUGCCUACCA